UUUUAUUUUAUUUUUGCCAUUUCAUUACUGUAAACAUUCUUUUAUUUACUUAUUUAUAUUUUAAUUUCACUUAUUAAUAAAUUAUUACUUUAUUAUUUCAAAAUGAUGAUACAAUUCGGGAGGUGUAUUUCUAGACCCUUUUCUAUUAAUCCAUUCUGUGGACCUGUUAAUUUUUGUAAUAAUUUGAAUUUAUGUAAAAACACACUUUCAAUUCGACACAAGAGUACUGAUAAGGAUGUUGGUGUUUACGGAUACGAAUCUUCAACAAAUCCCUGGGAAGAUAAGAGUUAUAGGUCCCUGAAGAAAGAAAAAGGACAUACUGGCUGGCCAAUUAUGAUUGCUACAAAUACCACUCAGCCAAUGUGGCAGAGUUAUCUAUCCCAGGACCAGACUGUAAUUCCCAGGGAUGGCUACGGCUGUCUGGCCACUUUCCCUCCUGAAGUUUCAACCAAGAUACUACACACUUUCAGGCUUCCACCUCAGUUUUAUCCAUUUUUGAAGAAACUUGGCGAUGACACACCUUCUUUGAAGCCAUACAUGGAUAAACUCAUCAUGGGCCUGUUUACAAACCAGGACUAUGAGGAGAUGUUUUACAAAUUUGCAAAGCCUUUGAAGAUUUAUCGCAAAUUAAUUCCCAAGCCGUACCGUAGCCCUGAGGAGCAGGCUAAGGAGCCUGAAGUUUCCUGGGAGUCUGCCUGGCUGAGUUACCGCCAGAAAGUCGCUGCAGAGUAUAACAUAAGUGCUGGACUUCGAGAGUAUCUUCUCGGAAUGCUUAUCGGCGUUUACUUUGCUUACCUGUGGGCUGAUAUGCACAAGCAGUAUCGUCUCGACAUGAGACUUUUUUACCACGAGGCUCCUGAACAUAAAAUUAACUGGGUGAAACCCAGGGGUGACCUUCUAUAACAUUUUAAUCUUUUAACCAUUUUAAUUUUAUUAACAUACACACAA